AUGGCUAAAGGAAAAAAUAAAACGUCCGAAGAGAGGACUUCAAAGUCUAGAACCUCUAACGGACACAAAUCCAAACAGCAUCAUGCUAGAAAAGGAAGACAGGAGACGGGAGCUCAAGCUCAGAAUUCUGAAGCAAUUUUUCCAGUCAAAUUAGCCAUGUGGGAUUUUGACCACUGUGACCCCAAAAGAUGUUCAGGUAAAAAACUUGAGCGUCUUGGCUACAUCAAAAAUCUACGUGUGGGCCAAAAAUUUCAAGGUGUGGUCGUUUCCCCUAACGGAAAGGGUGUAGUUUGUCCAAACGAUCGAGAAAUCGUAGAAAGUGCUGGAGCAGCCGUUGUGGAGUGUUCAUGGGCUCGUUUGGACGAGGUUCCGUUCAACAAGAUCGGAGGCAGAAAUGAGCGUCUUUUGCCUUACUUGGUGGCCGCUAACACUGUGAAUUAUGGCCGGCCAUGGAAACUCAAUUGUGUUGAGGCAUUAGCGGCAUGUUUUGCCAUUGUGGGCCAUGAAGAUUGGGCCGCGGCGCUUCUAGAAAACUUCUCAUGGGGUCUAACGUUUUUAGAAAUCAACAAGGAGUUGUUGGAGGUGUACAGGCAGUGCACAGACUCGGAAUCUGUUGAAAAGGCUCAAAAUGAGUGGAUGGCCAAACUCGAGGAAGAGGUGAGACAAAGAAAACAACAGAGUGCCAGUGGGGAUAUGUGGAUGAUGGGAAAUGUGAACAGGGGAGGAGCUGCUGAUCUGGACGAUGAGGAAGAGGAGCAAGAGGAAGAAGAAGAUGAGGAAGUGGAAAUGGACAAUUUAGGAAACAUAAUACUGAAGAAAGUGACGAAAAAGGAGCAAGAUGAAGAAGAGGAAGACGAUAGUGAAGAGGAAGCCGAUAGUGAAGGGGAAGAAGGUGAUGAGAAUAAAGAAGAUCAAGAAAAUGAUAAUGGAGAGUAUGAAGAAGAGUAUGAGGAAGAGGAAGAGGUCAAGUACGACAAGUUGGGAAACAUCAUAGAGGUCACCAAUAAGGUGGCAGGAAUCAGCAUAUAG